UCUUUUUUGUUUUUUCAUAGAAAAGAGUGACUUAACAACGUAUACAUUAUGUCAGGAAAAAUGACUGUAAAAGAUAUAAAGGAUAAAUUGGAAGAUGAUACUAUAGAUUUGAGUUUAUGUGAUUUAGAGGAAGUGCCUGUGAAAGAAAUUGCUGCUGUGAAAAGAUUUUCUCAUUUAGAUUUAUCUAAUAACAUUCUUAUUUCAUUGCCUAAAACAUUUGCAUCAUUGACACAAAUAAUUAAGUUGGAUUUGAGUAAAAAUAUGUUAACAGAAAUACCUGAUAAUUUUGGAGAACUAAAACAAUUAAGGCAUUUGGAUCUUUACAGUAAUAAAAUUAGUAGAUUACCAUUAUGCUUGGGUGAAUUAAAAAAUUUGAAAUGGCUAGAUUUAAAGGAGAAUCCGCUAACAUCUGCAGUAGCUAGUAUUGCAGGUCCAUGCAGUAAUGCUAGCGAAUGUCAGGCUUGUGCUCGAAAUAUUGUUUCAUAUCUUGAAAACGUUAAAGCAACAAUAAAUGAAAAAAAAUUAAGCCGGUUAAAUGCAGUACAAGAAGCUGAAAAAAAUGCAAUUAAUAAUAAAAAAGAAGCAAAGAAAAAGAAAAAAAUUGCAGAAAAAAAGCUUCUUGAGAAAGAUAAGCUUUCUGAUAUAAAAAAAGAACAACAUCAAGAAAUAAAUAAUAUAACAAAACCUCUUAAGUCUAAGAUAGAAAAUGAAUAUUCUAAGAAAAUGGAAGAUUUAAAUGACAAAGGUGGGGCAUGCAGUAUUUUAUGCCAAACUCUUACUUCUUUAGUAAUGUGGUCAGCUUUUUUUACUUUAUUAACAAUUACAUUUAUAGCCGUUUUUCCAUUGUAUGAUGAGCAACAUGCCGAAACAUUUUUUAAGAAUGUUGAAAUACAAAUGGGUGUACCGUUAAAAUAUUAUCGUUAUGAAGGUAUUAGGUUCAUGGAAAUGUUUAUUCAUAAAACAAAAUUAUGGACCAAUUAUACUCUAGAGCUGCUAGUACAAACAUAUCAAGAAUAUAUCCAAGAGGCUAAUUCAGUCGAACAAAAGCGACAAUUUUAAUACAAAUUUUUAGAAAUUUUUAAUAUUUCCUGCAUUGAUCAAAAUCAAAUUUGCUAAUUAAAUACGAGAUUGAUUAAUUAUAAUAUUUAAGAAUUAUUUUUAAUUUCUUUCUUUAGAAAGACUAUAUUUGCCACCAAGUGGCAGUAC